AUGGACUGUCGUGUAAGUGAACGUGGCAGUGAGAUGCCGAUGGCUUUUGCGAUGAUGUUGACGACUCGACGAGCAAUUGAAAAAAGCCGACCUUUGGAGAUUUUUUCUGAUACACUGGCAUUGUUUACACCAUCCCAAACGUUGACCGUAAUGUCGCUGAAGAAUCACCAAAUUCGUCAUCGUCUAUUCGGAAAUCUACCAUCGACUGACAUCGCGCCAUCCAUUUCGAUUUGCCGAUAUGACAGCUGCGCUGGUGAUUGGAUAUAUUUGGUCGCCGCCGUUAACCCACCGACCCACGUUGUGGGUUCGUCCGCUAGUCGAUGCGGACGACGCGGAUAUCUUCAUCGUCCGAAGACGAUGCCCUGGAUCGUUUUGCGGAAGUUCGGCUGCCACUCGCCGAACUUCCGCCCUCCGCCGGACGGAGACGCUUUCGCACCAAUUGCGAAAGCGCCUCCCCGCCUUCAGACUCAAUGGCCAUAUGCGAAAAAUCGCGGCCAAGAGCCCGAAGACGGGCUACGGCCACCUCACGGGCACGAAGUGCCCGCAUCGAUGCCCCGAUGCACCUCUCGGUGCGGUGGGCAUCCAGGCGAACCUGGAUUCCCUCCGCUGAGAGGUCAUCGGGUACACCGAUCCGAUGACCGCAGCUGA